UCCAUCGAAGCACGUUUGUCGACGAAGACAAGAGCACCGACCGGAAUAGUGCUGUGCCUUUACUUUGAGACGAGAUCGAAUCGAGCUGAGCACGGUCUGCAUUAGGAGCUAUUUGACAGUUGAGGCGCGGUAUGUACUGUUGUAGUAAUAGUGCCUAUCCUCUGACUAUUAGCGACUUUUGCCGACGUCAUAAUGUGUGUCGCCGCUAAGACUAUAAGUAGACAGUCAUAUGUGCAGCAACAACAACAACAGCAGCAGCAAGAUAAGUGUUUAGCAGUAUCCUUGAAAGCGACAUAAACGCGUUGGCAGAAGGCAGUUAAAGCACAAUUUGCUAAAACAAUGUCGUGAAGGACGACAACGUCUACGGGAAAAAAGAACGUUGCAUGUUCGCUAAUGUCUUGAGACUUUUUGACGCUGUUGUCUAUUGUCCACCACUGCAUUUCGGACCAAUAUUUGACUAGCAUCUUAACAAGCUUCUGGCUUUAUCCCAAACGAUAUUAGUGACUAAGGCAAUAUAAAUGAAGGACCCGUUAAAGGAAAUACCAAACGAAGUAACUGAAGUUCGCGUUUGAGCGCCACCAGCGUCUUCGUGGCCCCCGGGAGAUGAGAAUGACAACGAAGGUACUAUUGUUGGAACGCUGAAGGAAGAGGAUGGUCGAUGAGCACCGAUGAAGUGUUAGGGCAGCGCUUGCCUGCUAUCGGGAUUUGAAAACGUAGCGAAAAAAGAGGGUGCAAGCAAAUCACAAUACUCGCCGAGUAGUUUGCACAGACAUAUAACUAGCUGUUGCCACGAAAAGGCGAUCGGUUUAAAGGUAAAUGAGUCUUUGGGUACGCGGGGUUUGAUCAAUGUAACGAUAUCCAUAAACGCUGCCUUAAUAUUUUACCAUAGCGAACCUCUCUCUUUCCGCGGUAUAAAGUUUCGUUUGAGGGGGACGACAAGGACGGCAGAGAUAUCUCCGUAUUGAUCCAACGUACCAACAUUUCCCAUGAAGAAGAAUAUCUUUUAACAAAGAAAGCCUGGACAAAAGAAGACGACACAGAAAGAAAUGUAGUAUAUAGGGAACAUUUUGUACACGGACCUGUAUCAUACGUAGACAGGAGCAAUUUCGUAUUUGUAUUUGUGUAUCUGUGCGUUCGUAUGAAAAACGUGUGCGGGGGGUUUGCGGAUUGGUUCAGCUUUGGGAUGAAACGGUAACCGUGGCAGUGAAUUAUCGCCACCAACGCACGCUCUGGUCACCAAUAGCGUCUAGCUAAGCAAUACGUUUGUGCCACGCUUGAAAACGGGAAACUGUGGAUGGUGGCGUAAUUCGAUUUGAUAGACAAAGUGUGUCGACAAGUCUCACGAGGCUAUACGUUGCAUCGUCACUUCUAUUUGUUCCUUACUUCGUACAACUUCCGUUAGCGAUUGGCUUUAAGUGACCUCCUGUUGCUUUGCUGUUUACCUACGAUUGCAUUAGUUCCUCACAGUUGUAGAAAGCUCGCUGUAAAAUUCCCUCCUUACAACCUCCAGACAAUUUAGCAACCGACCGUCGAUAGCCGCUAACAAAGGUGUGUCGCGACAGCCAAUUUGCCUACAAGCGUCCCUUAGCCUUGCCACAUAUUUGCGUGAGGCGGGAACACAUCGUAAACGCAUACGUAAAUAAAUGUGUGUUUCCGGUAAGUGCGUCGCAGUCACAGAAAAUAGGCGCAGACUUUUCCGUAAAGAAAUUUCACCGCUUUUGACAUCCUUAUCGUUUCGAUUUACACCCGAGUCUGGUUGUAGCAAAGAAUAUCAUUCAAAUCCGAUACGCCUUCUACUGAACAUCUAAUUUAAUAUUGCGCUGAGGCGUGAUCGUGCAAAAGCCAAUAGAAUCGUACAGACUACGAGCCGGGAACCCGACUUUGCCGCGUAACAACAAACAGGCCUUAAUAAUAAUCUAGAUCUUUGUGGGUGGACGUAACAAAGAAAGGGUGCUGGAACAACAAAGUGACACCGUGGAUUAAGUGAGCUGAAUUUUAACAACCUGACAUCGCCGAAGUGAUGACUACGACAGGAGGAAAGUGACAGCGCCCCUAGGCGGGCGAAUUUCGCUCGUGUAUACUAAGGGGGCAUCUCCUUGAGCCGCUGGAUCUGCGUUCUACCUUGGGAAAUGUCAGCUACGCAGUAGCUCCUGUCUCAUUCGCUAGUGUUGCAAGCGUCAUGUCAUGGCUGACAGAGACGCUAUUGACCAACUGGAGCAAAAAUCGUGCCGUGGGCGAAUCGCUAGCAGUUGGCGAAACGCUUUCCCCCGGAAGACAAAGCUCUCAAAACGAACCAUACCCCGGCUAUCAGAGAGUCGGUCCGAGAUCCCCCGACGAUUACGAGGUAAUGGAGUUGUUUGGGGAUCCACUCCCAGGGAAUACGGCGCUGUUGUUGGGUCUUGCAAUUGUGCUUGGCCUGAUUAUCGUGGCCACAGUGAUAGGAAACAUCUUCGUUAUUGCGGCUAUCAUAAUAGACCGAAAUCUGCGGACGGUAUCCAAUUAUCUUGUACUAUCUCUUGCGGUAGCGGACCUUAUGGUGGCUUGCCUAGUGAUGCCACUCGGUGCCGUAUACGAGGUGAAUCAAGCGUGGAUACUUCCGCCUGCUCUGUGUGAUGCGUGGACUUCAAUCGACGUCCUUUGCUGUACAGCUUCAAUUCUGCAUCUUCUCGCCAUCGCCGUAGACAGAUAUUGGGCAGUUACUUCGAUCGAUUAUAUGCGGACGCGAGAUGCAUCGAAGGUGGGCAUUAUGAUCGCCGUCGUGUGGCUGGCCUCAUUAGUCGUUUCGAUCGCACCCAUCUUUGGAUGGAAGGAUCCAGGGUUCUAUAACAGGGUCCUGGUUGAGAAGAAGUGUCUGGUGUCUCAGGAUGCGCUCUAUCAGAUUUUUGCAACAUCAUCAUCUUUCUAUGUGCCCCUCUUUCUCAUACUGUUGCUCUACUGGAAAAUAUUCAAGGUUGCCCGCCAGCGGAUACGACACAAACCGGGCAAAAAUCAGAAGCACAUAGCUGAGAAAAAUCUCAAGGAGAAAAAAACAGACAAAAAGGUUCAUAACAGCGCACCUAAGGGCACUGGAGAGCAGAAAAGCCCCCAACAGCAAGUUUACAAGAGCAAUAGUCCUGCCGUUCUCAUAAUACAAAAGGACGCUUCAACAUCCAGUCAAAACGAGCAAACCGUAGUAUACCCCUCAGUGACGGUAGACCGUGUACCUCCCGGCCAGGAAACCCUUGUUACGGAUACAACUUCUCAAGAGGUUGCUUCGCGAGUCCCGCAGCAGCAGCAACAACAACAACAACAACAACAACAACAACAACAAAUGCCAGUUCAAAAGCAGCAGCAACACAUUCAGAUGGCACAUAUCACUCCACGAAGUGAAACUCCAAAUGGGCUAGCCGAGACUCAAAUACAGAUCUCAGUGGCAUCAGGUCCCCCUGUAGCGCCUGGGUGUCCCGUUGUCACAAUGGACUUCGAGACGCCAACGUCCCCGCUAUCACCUCCUGCGCCACCCACUGCCGAUAAGUCGGUAGCAACCGUGACGUUAGCGGCCAGUGAGCCGGUUGUUGCCUCUUCGAAAAGUCAUAGCGGUCACUCAAUUGGACGGCUUCUUGUGUUGACACGUCGGGAAAAAUCAAAACGGGAACCCCGUGGGAAGGGCGCCACUGAGGAAUCGAUUGAGUCCCGGCGCGAGCGUAAGGCGCGGAAGACUGUCGCGAUCAUCACAGGCGUAUUCGUGGCGUGCUGGCUGCCGUUCUUCAGCACAGCGCUCCUAAUGGCGAUUUGCGAAUCGUGCGCCCCGCAUGACCUUGUCUUUUCACUGUUUCUCUGGCUUGGAUACGUCAACUCCAUGCUUAAUCCUAUGAUCUAUACCAUUUUCAGCCCGGAUUUCCGCAAUGCGUUCAACAAAAUUCUACAUGGUAAAUGCUGAAAAUACCACUACUACUACUACUACUACUACCACCAUAAAUAGUAAUGGUACUAUGAUAGAGCUAGAAAUGUUGAUAUAUUUGCUAUAUAUCCUGGGUACAAAGUGUAUACAUGAGAGACGAACCUUAACUAUGGCGCGCUCCUCGUGGCCUGGGAUACUUCACUUAGGAUGGCCAGCCUUGCCAUACAAAACU